AUGUCAGAUGCAUCCUCACCGUUAGAUAUACGAUCGGAAUUCCGAGUAGGGGAAAUCAGAUGCAGACGUUGUUGUAAUCUUACCGUGGUGACUCGCACAACGCACGCCGGACUUUUGGAUGAUAAAAGCAAAGCUUCUUCAUGGCCAUAUCUCAACGAGAUUUGUUUUUCCAUUAGCUUUGGAGAUUUUGUUGCAAGAGAUGAAUGUUGCACAAUUGAAAGACUGGAGAUAAGUAGGGAAAUGCUUCUCAUGGAACUUAAACUUUGUCCCUCAAGGUUGCUGUCCGUACCAGCUUCGAUGGGGGAACUUGCGAAAGAAGACCAGAGCAGAAUUGUUAUCUACUCAAGCUCUACAACUCUCAGGUCAACGGGCUUAUUCGCAGGAAGACGAUAG